CAAAGCGGCCCAAGCCCGCCCCGUCCCGUGCGUGCUCCCAAAGGUCAAACCUUUUCCCCAAACCCCACCCACCCACGCGCGCACCACAAUGCCGGCGGCGGCGGCGUCGUCUCCGGCCACCGCGCCCUCCUCGUUCCCCUCCGCCCGCGUCCACAAGCCGACGCUCCUCUCCUUCCGCGUCUCGAGCAAGCUCAGACCCUCCGCGGCCGCGGCGUCAUCCGACCCGGCCCCGGCCUUCAGGUCCGUCACGGCGUUCGCGCCGGCCACGGUGGCCAACCUCGGCCCGGGCUUCGACUUCCUGGGCUGCGCGGUCGCCGACGCCUCGCUCUCCCUCGGCGACACCGUCACCGCCACGCUCGACCCCUCGCUGCCCGCCGGCACGGUCGCCAUCUCCGCCAUCACCUCCCCGUCCCGCCCGCGCCUCGCCGACCGCCUCUCCCGCGACCCGCUCCGCAACUGCGCGGGCAUCGCCGCCGUCGCCGCGCUGCGGGCCCUCGGCGUCCGCUCGCAUGGCGUCUCCCUCAGCCUCGCCAAGGGCCUGCCGCUCGGCUCCGGGCUCGGCUCCUCGGCCGCGUCCGCCGCCGCAGCCGCAAAGGCCGUCGACGCGCUCUUCGGCUCCCUGCUCCCCCGCGACGGCCUCGUGCUCGCCGGCCUCGAGUCCGAGAAGGCCGUCAGCGGCUUCCACGCCGACAACAUCGCGCCGGCCAUCCUCGGCGGGUUCGUAAUGGUGCGCAGCUACGACCCCUUCUGCCUCGUGUCGCUCCCCUGCCCGCCGGCGCUCCGCCUCUGCUUCGUGCUCGUCACCCCUGACUUCGAGGCGCCCACCAGCAAGAUGCGCGCCGCCCUGCCCAAGAACGUCGCCAUGGGCCACCACGUGCGCAACUCCAGCCAGGCUGCCGCCCUCGUCGCCGGCGUGCUGCAGGGCGACGCGGCACUCAUCGGCUCCGCGAUGUCCUCCGACUUCAUCGUCGAGCCCACCAGGGCGCCCCUGAUACCUGGAAUGGCCGCGGUGAAGGCCGCCGCUCUGGAGGCCGGUGCGCUGGGAUGCACCAUCAGCGGAGCUGGCCCCACCGCGGUGGCUGUCAUUGAGGGAGAGGAGAAGGGGGAGGAGAUCGCCCGGAGGAUGAUCGACGCCUUCCUGUCGGUCGGCAAACUUAAAGCGACCGCAACCGUCGCUCAGCUCGACAGAGACGGCGCCAGGGUCAUCUCCAUGAAUGGAUUGGAGUAGAAACUAGAGAGGUUCCAUUGCUCCGUUCCCAUUUGUGUAUCGGCCUGAGUUCUUUUUUCCAUUGAUCGCAAUAAGCUGGUGUGAUGUAGUCGAAAUAGAGCGUUGCCGUUCGGCAUGGUCCUUGGCAGAACAACAAUGCGGUGCCAAAUCUUGGCUUUGUUGUAAUUUGGGUUCGUUUCUCACACUGGAUGAAUAAAAUGUUGGUUGGUUUUGAGGUA